UGGAGGGACUCGCUCCUUUCUCCUGAUUGGCGUUACCAUGGUGAGCUAUGUGACGCUUCGUGUUGUAUCCAGGAAGACGCUGGUCUCAUCCAGGCGAAGCGAAGAGGAGAGAGAUGGAAGACAACCUGCAGUUUGGAGACGCUGCAGCGGAGAAGAAGGUUGCAAAGUCAGGACGGAGAGCUCGCCUCACAGCAGAUCAGUCUUCGUUCGAGGACUCUCGCCACACGAGGAAGUCCUCCACCACUGCUUCAACGGGAGAUGCCCCCCCUCCUAAACCGGCUCGGCGGCAGGGUGGCUGGGCAGAAGAAAGCUCCGGGUCCGGAUCAGCCAAAUCCUCAAGACGACCUGCAGCUGAGGAUCUGGAAGACCGCCGCCUGCAACCACAAACUCCCCAGGGAUCAGAUGAUGAAGGAGAUAUCCCAGUGAUUCCAGAUCUUGAAGACGUACAAGAAGAAGACCUCACCAUGCAAGUUGCAGCUCCACCAAGCGUUCAGGUGAACCGUGUAAUGACCUACAGGGAUCUGGACAAUGAUCUGAAGUAUUACUCGGCCUUUCAGACCCUGGAUGGAGAGAUCGACUUGAAGCUCCUCACCAAGGUUUUAGCGCCAGAGCAGGAGGUGAAAGAGGAUGAUGUGAGCUGGGACUGGGAUCAUCUGUUUACAGAGGUGUCCUCAGAGCUGCUGAUGGAAUGGGAUCAAGGAGAGAAUGAGGAGCAGGCUGCGUUGCCUGUAACAUGAGGAGAGGAGGUUUGGACUGAGACUUUGAAUGGCUCCAGUGGGAUCUGGGUGAAUGUCCAUUACACAGAAGGGCCAGUGACUUUGGUUAUAUUAACUUUAAUUACUGUUUGUUAUAUAUUACUUUAUAUUCUGUAAAGUGUAUAAACAGCAUUACUUGUAUUUUCCUAAAUAAAGUUCACUGUGUAGUGAACAGUGA